GCUCGCGUCCCUUCGGCUGUCCCGCGAAUUCACCAAAAACUGUUCACAUAGACCGAUCGUGUUGAUAAUUAUUCGUGAUUCCGAGAAAUUGGCAUUUGCAUCCUUAGUCGCUCGGUGUAUACAACAUUUAGAGUUAUACUUUCCCAAUUAAUGCGUCAAGUGUCAUCGUGAGAUAACCUGCGAGUGAAUUAUUCCUAUUAAUGGCGUUUGUUCGUGGCAUGGUCUUUAAUUGAACAAUUUCUGUAGUCUUAUUGCUUCUCGUUUAGAUACUAUUGUUUUGUUGAAUUGAGGAAAGUUAAUUUUAAGUGGGUUUUCGUAUAGUUAAACAAACAUGAUGAACGGUCACGAAAGUGAUACAGAGCAAUCCGAAGUAAACACCCAUUAUUUGAGAAGAGCGCCUAAUUGCCGGAGAGACGGCGAUCCUUUUGAUGAUGCUGUUGAAGAAAGAGUUAUUAAUGAAGAAUAUAAGAUUUGGAAGAAGAACACUCCAUUCUUGUAUGAUCUUGUCAUGACCCAUGCAUUGGAAUGGCCAUCGCUUACAGCACAAUGGUUACCCGAUGUAACAAGACCUGAAGGAAAGGACUAUUCUGUUCAUCGUCUCAUCCUUGGUACUCAUACAUCUGAUGAGCAAAAUCAUUUGCUAAUUGCCAGUGUUCAAUUACCAAAUGAAGAUGCUCAGUUUGAUGCUUCUCACUAUGACAAUGAGAAAGGUGAAUUUGGAGGUUUUGGUUCUGUCAGUGGAAAGAUAGAGAUUGAAAUCAAAAUCAAUCAUGAAGGAGAAGUCAAUAGAGCAAGAUAUAUGCCUCAGAAUCCUUGUGUUAUUGCAACCAAAACACCUUCCAGUGAUGUCUUGGUCUUUGAUUACACCAAGCACCCUAGCAAACCUGACCCUAAUGGAGAGUGUCAUCCUGAUUUGCGGUUACGUGGACAUCAAAAAGAAGGAUAUGGUUUGUCUUGGAAUCCUAACUUAAAUGGAUACCUGUUGAGUGCAUCAGAUGAUCAUACUAUCUGUCUCUGGGAUAUCAAUGCUACACCUAAAGAAAACAGAGUUAUCGAUGCUAAAACUAUUUUUACCGGUCACACUGCUGUUGUGGAAGAUGUUGCAUGGCAUUUACUGCACGAGUCUCUUUUUGGAUCUGUUGCUGAUGAUCAGAAAUUAAUGAUCUGGGAUACACGAUGCAACAAUACAAGUAAACCAAGCCAUACUGUUGAUGCUCACACAGCAGAAGUUAAUUGUCUUAGUUUCAAUCCAUACUCUGAAUUUAUUCUGGCAACUGGUAGUGCAGACAAAACUGUUGCAUUAUGGGACUUAAGGAAUUUAAAAUUGAAAUUGCAUUCGUUUGAAUCACAUAAAGAUGAAAUCUUUCAAGUUCAAUGGUCACCCCAUAACGAAACUAUUUUGGCUAGCAGUGGAACUGACAGGCGUUUACAUGUGUGGGAUCUCAGUAAAAUUGGUGAAGAGCAGUCUACGGAAGAUGCUGAAGAUGGUCCACCAGAAUUAUUGUUCAUCCAUGGUGGUCACACUGCUAAAAUAAGUGAUUUUUCAUGGAAUCCUAACGAAGCAUGGGUAAUUUGCUCUGUGUCUGAAGACAACAUCAUGCAAGUUUGGCAAAUGGCUGAAAAUAUCUAUAAUGAUGAAGAACCUGAUACACCUGCCAGUGAACUUGAAACUGGAGCUCCAUAAGCCAUUAGGUUUAAAUGUAUAUUUUGCAUUUUUUAUUUUCAACGUUUUAAUUAUUAUGUUGUUUUUGUAUUCAUCCAAGUAAUACGAUAUUUACAAUAAGACAAAUCGCGUAAACUGUAUUUGAUUUUAAAAUGUAUCAAAAAUGUACUCAUUUUUUUCUUUCCUCGUUAAAAUAAUAAAUCAUUGUAGUGUCUAAUAAUACCAUUGUAAUAGCAUCAGUGAUGUAUAACUACUCGAUAUUUUUUUACAAUUUGGCAGUUAAAGAAAAAACGAUAACUUAAAUAAUAACUUGUGAUCUAACUAACGAAAUCCGUGAAUGUCAAAUUUUACCUGUAAGAAUUGAAAUAUAUUGCAAACUUUUUUA